ACUGAUUAUCACAAACACAAGACCGUUAAAAUCAUAUGACAAUUAUUUAUUGAUAUACUUUGCUGCGUUUUUGUAAACGUUUCUCACACAAAUGAUUAGCUAUACCACUAUAUACCUGCUUACAAGCUCACUAACGUGUUGUCUUCUUGCUCUGUGCCCACCCAUUAGUCUCUCAGUAAGCAGAACCACUCACUUCCCGCCCUAUGGAUCCUAUCAUACCACAACCAUUCGGAGUCUGCCACGUGGUGGCCAUGCCUUGGCCCGGAAGAGGCCACAUCAACCCCAUGAUGAACUUCUGCAAACGCCUCCUCCGAGACCCUACCCUCAUCGUCACAUUCGUCGUCACCGAAGAAUGGCUCGGCUUCAUCGGGUUCGACCCGAAGCCCAACCGUAUCCACUUCGCCACUCUCCCAAACCUCAUCCCCUCCGAGCUAGUCCGUGCCAACAACUUCACCGGCUUCAUCGACGCCAUCUACACCAACUUGGAGGAACCCUUCGAGCACUUACUCGACAGCCUCAGCUCCCCGCCUCCCACCGUAAUCAUCUCCGACACUUUCGUCCUGUGGGCAGUGAGUGUCGGCACACGGAGGAAUAUUCCGGUAGCUUCUUUCUGGACCGAGUCAGCCGCGAUCCUCUCCCUCUUCGUCCACUCCGAUCCUGCAGCUCACGGCCAUUUUCCGACCGAACCAUCAGAGACGAAAGAAGACGAAGUUGUUGAUUACAUUCCCGGUUUAUCUCCGACGCGACUCCGUGACUUGCCGGAGAUCUACCACGGCUUCAGCCACCAAGUGUUCAACAAGUUUAAGCCUUGUUUCGACGAGCUCUCCAAAGCUAAGUAUCUUCUCUUCCCUUCUGCUUACGAGCUGGAACCAAAAGCUGUAGACUUUUUCACUUCCAAGUUUGAUUUCCCGGUUUACACCACCGGUCCGUUGAUACCAUUCGAAGAACUCUCUGCUGGAAAUGACGUCAGCAAACCUGAGUACAUUCAAUGGCUUGACGGGCAACCGGAAAGCUCUGUGCUUUACAUAUCUCAGGGGAGUUUUCUUUCGGUCACGGAAGCUGAGAUGGAGGAGAUAGUGGGAGGAGUGAGAGAGACCGGCGUCCGGUUCCUUUGGGUAGCUCGUGGGGGCGAGUUAAAGCUAAAGGAGGCUCUUGAAGGUAGCUCGGGUGUUGUGGUAAGCUGGUGUGAUCAGCUGCGUGUGUUGUCCCACGCAGCUGUAGGCGGGUUUUGGACACACUGCGGGUUUAACUCGACGUUGGAAGGGAUAUAUUCUGGAGUGCCGAUGCUGACGUUUCCGUUGUUUUGGGAUCAGUUUUUGAAUGCUAAGAUGAUUGUUGAGGAUUGGAGGGUGGGGAUGAGGAUCAAGAGCGAUAAGAAGACGGAGUUGGUAAGGAGAGACGAGAUAAAAGAGUUGGUGAAGAGGUUUAUGGAUGGAGAGAGUGAAGAAGGGAGAGAGAUGAGAAGAAGGGCUUGUGAUCUUAGUGAGAUAUGUCGUGGAUCGGUUGUGAAAGCUGGUUCUUCUGAUGUUAAUAUUGACGCUUUCUUGAAAGAUAUUACCAAGAUUGUGUGAGUUUUCUGUUGCAUGUUUCCAUAGUUGUUUCUAAAUUAUGGUAUAUGAGAAUAUGCAUGAGUUUAUGAAGACUCAAUCUUUGUGAAGAUUGUAUUAAAUUUUGUAUGUACCAUUUGUUAGACUCUUGAUCAUAUCUUCUUUUUAUUUA